AUGGAAGCAGAGAGGAAGCGGAUAGUCUUUCUUCUAACACUCUCCUUCCAUCUAUCACUUGGUUGGCACAGUUUCGGGAACACACCCUAUCAUUGCUGGCCAUUAUCAGCGUCUGCUGCCAAUCCUUCGACUAUCACUUGCUCAGGAGUACAUAUAGAAUGGCUUGUUUCUCCUCCUGCCGAAGUGACUGCCAAUGUCGCCUUCAACGUGACGUAUGCCCUUUCCCUCGAUUCCACGUUCUAUACGUGGGCCAUUAACAACGGAUAUUUUGGUACUGCGGGCGGAACAGGUUUUACUAACUCAACAGAUGCUCAGACAUGGUGUGAAAAUACUGUUUGUCCGGACUAUACAACCGCAACUGAAAUCAACUGCUGUGUUCACCAUGUCAACGUACACUCUUGUCCACUAGAUCAAACCUCACUGUGUGGACCGUGGAUUCCAGACGACGGUGCGGUUUUCACUCAUUCCCAGGUCCUGGUAGGGUCAGUCCUAGUCCAAAACUGGACAAGCUACAUUCCAGGUCUCUACCAAACCGGUAUCAACUCAAUGAUAGCCCACUUUAAGGUCGCAGAUCUUCACAUCGUCCUCGAAGCUAAAACAACUGUAACUCCAAAAUCAGAUUGCGGGAAUGGUGUGUGCGAGACUGAUGACGGCGAGGACUGUGAAACCUGUCCAAGGGACUGUGGGACAUGCCCUCUCAAAGGCUGGCAAAUUGGUCUAAUCGUUACGUUUGGAAUUAUCAUUUUGGUGGCUGGCGUUGGCACAAUUCUGUAUUUCCAGUACCAGAAAAGGAAGCUACUUUGGGAUGAGAGCUGGAUAUUACCAUAUGAAAAAAUAAAAGAAGAUGCAGGCCUGCGAGGGGCGUUUGGAAGUAUGGUCAGUAUGACCUGUGGAAGCGGUCAGGAUAUCACCGGAAAGUCCAACAAUAUGGCAAUGUCAGCUUUGAGGAAGCAAGUGUUUGCAAAGACGGCAAUUGUUGAUGGACGUACAGUGGCCGUACGAAAAAUAACUAAGAAGGAAUUUUCUGUCACUGAAGCAAUCCGAUGGGAAGUGAAAAGUGUAAGAGAGCUAGACCAUCAAAAUAUUUGCAAAUUUAUUGGUGGUUGUAUAGAUGUGCCAAACGUUUCCAUUGUCUCUGAGUAUUGCCCCAAAGGGAGCAUAAGCGACGUACUUCUAAAUGAUGAAAUACCACUUAACUGGGCCUUUCGAUUUUCUUUUGCUGCUGAUAUUGCAAGAGGAAUGGAUUACUUGCAUUCCAAAAAACUAAUGCAUGGUCGACUGAAGAUAUCACGUAUACUGAUUUGGAUUGUGAAUAUAACGUUUGGUGUACAUCCACUAGAUUACGGAUUGAAACAGUACAGAAGACAGGAUAAGGUUCUAGCGGAGGACGAUGAUGACACGGAAGCCGAUGAAUACUAUAAAACAAGGAGAGAACGUGUUUACAAAGCUCCAGAGGUGUUUGACACGACUGACUAUGAAGCCUCCGUUCCCAUUGAUGUUUAUGCCUAUUCUAUCAUACUUAUAGAGAUAGCGACGAGAAAUGAUCCAUAUCAGGACGAAGAUCCAUUCGACUUAUGUGACCAAUGGAAACCACCAUUACCCGAUCUCUCCCGCGAAGGUGCAGAAGACGCUGAUAGUGCAUGCCCAUGUCCAGUUCAAUAUAUCCAGCUGAUCAAGGACUGCUGGGAUGACAACCCUUUAAAACGACCUUCGUUUGAGAACGCCAAGAAAGCAUUACACUUCAUGAAUCCUAACAAGAUGAGUCCUGUUGAUUUAAUGAUGGCAAUGAUGGAGAAGUACUCCAAACAUUUGGAGCUCAUCGUGGCCGAUCGCACGCAAGACCUGAUGUUAGAGAAACAGAAAACGGAUCGUCUGUUAUACAGUAUGUUGCCGAGGACUGUUGCGGACGACCUGAAGUACGGCCGGACAAUAAACGCUGAACAAUUUGAUGCAUGCACAAUUUACUUCAGCGAUAUCGUGGGGUUCACUAGUAUAUCAGGAGGUAGUACGCCGAUGCAGGUGGUGGCCCUGCUGAAUCACCUUUACAUCACCUUCGACGGAAUCAUCGACAAGUACGAUGUCUAUAAAGUGGAAACAAUCGGAGAUGCAUAUAUGGUCGUAUCAGGAAUACCAAAUCGAACUACAUUUCAUGCUCGAGAAGUUAGCAAUAUGGCUCUAGACUUAGUUGCCGCAUGCAAAGAGUUCGAAAUUCCUCAUCGUCCGAAUGAACCCCUCAAGAUUCGUGUUGGAUUACAUUCUGGACCUGCGUGUGCUGGAGUAGUUGGGCUAAAGAUGCCUAGAUACUGCCUGUUUGGCGAUACAGUAAAUACGGCAAGCAGGAUGGAAUCGAAUGGUGAAGCUUACAAGGUCCAUAUCAGUCAGACGACCUACGUAGCACUGAAGGCAUGUGGAGGCUUCACGUUCCAACUUCGAGGAACAAUUCCCGUCAAGGGAAAGGGAGAGAUGGAAACAUGGUGGCUUGUAUCCAGGGGUGAUGAUUAUGAGAAGAUACAUGGAGCCCUCCCAUCCAACAAACAAGAAUCGGACGGGAAACUGCACGAAAGCACAAGCAACUUCUCUAAAAGUCAAAAGAGUAUUAGAAAAUCGGGAAAGCAAACUUCGUCACAUUUAGAUGUAAAGUAUUCGGAAGAGCAAAGCAACCUAACAAAUGAUGCUGGUCUAGUGAAGGCUAAUGUAGCGGUUACACCUGUUGAAUUACCAGAUGCAACCAAAACGAGAAAAAUCAGCAACAUGAGUACUUCGAAUGAUUCUGGAUACAACGCUGAUGAUGACCCCACCAAUGUUCACGAAAUUAUUGUACAGAGUUGUGAAUCCCUUAGAGAAGCAGUAGAUACUCAUGGAGAGCCUUGA